AUGGUCUUCCCCAACCACGUCCUUCUCGGCGCUGCGGCCAUCAUCCCCGCCGCAGAUCCUGUCAUGGUUUCGUCCAUCAGUCCUGUUGUUCUACCGUAUCCCGAGCGUGUGGUUGACAUGGAACUCCGGGUAACUGCACCUCUAGACGGUGACGACCUUCCAGUUGUCAUCCUAUCCCAUGGCCAGGGCAACAGCAACUGGCUCUCUUCCAUCGCUGGCUAUGAGCCCCUCUACAACUACUGGGCUGGUCAAGGCUUUGUGGUGAUCCAGCCAACACACCUGGGUUCGGCUACAUACGGCCUCCAAGCGCCUACAGGCCAGGAGUACUUUUGGGAGGCGCGCUGCCAAGACAUUACAUGGAUUCUUGAUCAUAUAGAUGAGAUUCAAGAGGCCGUACCUUCCGUCAAGGGACGACUGGACACGGACAACAUUGCGAUAGCCGGGCACUCGAUGGGCGGUUGGACGGCCUCCAUGAUCCUCGGGGCCCAGAACACCAGCCCGCUGGGUAACGGCACUAUUUCCAAGUACCGCGAUGCACGUAUCAAGGCUGGCGUCGUCCUUGCCGGGACAGGCAAUGGGGGCGAAGAUUUGUCGGACCAAGGACGCCAGAUGGUACCAAGCUAUAACCCCAACUUUUCAACAAUGGAGACUCCUGCUCUCGUGGUAUACGGAGACAGCGACUUGUCUCCUUACUUGACUGUGAGAGGCGCUGACUGGCAUGGGGAUGCAUACUAUCUUUCCCCGGGCCCCAAAGACCUCUUUAUUGUUCGAGGCGGAAAGCACGGUCUCGGCGGUGUGAGUGGCUGGGAUGCUCUAGAGACUGAGGAUGAAAGCCCACAGCGGUUGGCCUCGGUGCAACGUGCAACCUCGGCAUAUCUCAGGACUGCGCUCUAUGGAGACGACUCUUGGCAGAAGGCUCGUGCUGCGCUUCAAGGUAAUUCGACCUUGGGCACCGUGGAACAGAAGUACUAA